CACGAAUGGUGCGCCUUCCUUGAAUGUGUUUGUGUAUAAAACCGUUGUGAAUGAUUGAAUAAAAUGAGUAGCUUUAAAAGCUAGAAUGUCCGAUGACUUGUUUAUUGAUCCAAAACUUGAACUUCUGGUUCCAGAUUGACUGAUCAUGAAUGACCCGCCCAUCAUCGAGCCCGCUGCGGGCAAACUCAACAUGGAUGCCAGCACCUGGGAAGGUUACCUCAACGGGUUUCUUUUGUGGGCUGCUCAAGAGCCUUACACCUUCAUCUUCUACGUGUUGCUCAUCUUGUCUCCAUUCUUCGCACUCUCGGCCGUUUUAUCCUACAAACUAUCCAAAGCUAUCGAAAAGCAAGAGGGCGAGAUGAAGAAGCGUCAAAAACCAUCCAGACGAGCCAAGAAGGACGACUAAGACAAUGGAGGAGAACAGUCCGGAAACAGCACGCUAAUGCAACCAAGUAGCUAAUCUUGAUUGCUUUUUUUUAGACAUAUUAAACACCUUUUGAUAUUAGUAA